AUGUUGGCCACUCCGACCCCAUCAUCAUCCACGACCACUACUGGCACCAACAAUCAUCACACCACUGGCACCAACAACAAGGAAAAUCUCCUCCAUCCUUCUUCUUCCUAUUCAUCCUCUUCUUCCAAAAAAAGCCAACCUCCUUCUUCUUCCUCAACAUCAUCAUCAUCAUCAUUAAAAUCAUCAUCAUCAAAUAAGCCUACCCUCGGAUCCUAUCUCCGACAAAGUAAACCCUAUAUUUUCGUUCCAACUCUGGAAGAAUUAAAACAAAUCUCUCCUCUUCAAAUUUAUUCUCAACUGGUCGAUGUUUAUACAAAAUUAGAUGGUUCUCCUCAUGCCAUGUAUUUGGAUCAAAAAGUUCAAUUCAUUCGAGUGUGUAUUCAUGUCAUUGAAGAUGGAAUGAUCCAUCACUUGUCGACGACAAGUAUCAUGUCGAAUACUGAAAAGGAUUUGUAUUUCAUGUGGAUGCUUCUCGCAGUUUCUCUUUUAAAUUGUAACAUGCCUCAUAUUGAGAAUGAAAUGCAAGAUCAUCUCUCGAAACAAUUUGAAUACUUUUCAUCGUGUAGUCAUCCUAUUAAGGAGGAUGAAACGUAUUACUUUUUAUAUGCUCAAUAUGAAUGGUUUGUGAAUGAUGAUCAUCAGGAUCGUAUGUUUAAGAGUCUUUCGAAAAUUCAACAAGGUUUGAAAAAGUUUGAAAAAUCACUAGUCUUGUUGCAAGUGAAGAAUUCGAUUUUGGAUUCGGGAAGUUUUCAAUUUCAUUUAAGUUUUAAACCAACUCCUCCUCCAUCCUCAAAUCAUUUCAAAUCGUUUUCACCUGAACUGCCAACUGUCACCAAAUCCAUUCCUUCAACAACCUCUUUGACCACUUUACAAAACAAAUCUUCACCUCCACAACCAACAGAAGGUCUCUUUUCGAGAGCAACACGAAGACUUUCCCCUCAACCACAUGUUCUUUCACAACAACCCUCACAACAAGGUUUAAACUCUCAAGAACGACCUUUGCAAUUGAUUAGUGCAGCAAGACCACCUUCUUCUAGGACCAAUUUAUUCACAAAACCAUCAUCACACAACAGCGUGGAAAGUUCUGUCAAUAAUGGAAUGAAUUCAUCCAAUUCGUCCAAUUCAUUGAUGAACAACAAUGCUUCAUAUGCAACACCCGUGUCGAACUCGAAUGGAGCUUUACAAUCGACGUAUCAACAAACGCAGCAAACACCUUCAUUCCUUAGUCCUCCUCCUCCAUUAACGAUUGGCAGCAUGCAACAGAAUGGAGUGUCUAAUGUGUCAACCAUGCCUUACAAUACGAGUUCUCAGUCGACAACGACAACGAACUCGUCGAUGGAAAUGUCAGCACCACUCAAGAGAUCACGUGAAGAAAUUCUUGCUUCCAAAAUGCCAACUUCUACCAAUAAUUUUGCAACUCCUUCAUCCAAACAAGUAUCCUCAACAACGACGACACCAACAAGUAGUUCCACUCCUUCCAGUGAAGGAAGUGAUACUAAAAAACGAAAAUUUACCAUCGUUGUGAAAAUCAACAAUCGAGAAUACGGAGUGAUGCGUAAAAUUGGAGUUGGAGGAAGCUGUUCUGUCUACAAGUGCAUUGACUUGGAAAAGAAUGAAGAAGUUGCCAUUAAGCACAUUAAAAUUGACAAGACUGAUGACGCCAGCAUUGUCAAGGGCUUUCUCGAUGAAGCCAAAUUAUUGGAAUCUCUCAGAGACGACGACGUCAACAAUAACAUCAUUCGAUUAAUUGACUAUGAACACAGACCUCAUCGAAGUCGAGAUGAAAUUCUUCUCGUGAUGGAAUUAGGCAGUCACGACUUUAACACAAUUUUAAAAAAGCACAAUAAGGACAAUCCCUUCACUAUUGACGAAUUGAAACAAUAUUGGAGACAAAUGCUUGAAGCUGUGGCUUUCAUUCACUCCAAGAAGAUUGUUCACACCGAUAUUAAGCCAUCUAAUUUUCUAUUAGUGAAUGGAAAGUUAAAACUUAUUGAUUUUGGAAUUGCCAAAGUACCUGAACAUGAAAAUACUCAAAACAUUUCACGAAAUACCAUUGUUGGAACACUCAAUUUUCUUCCUCCAGAAAGUUUCAAAAAUCAUGUCGUGAAUGACGGCUCAACAAAAUACAAAUUUGGACCACCUGGAGAUAUUUGGAGUUUAGGAAUUAUGCUCUAUCAAACCAUUUAUCACAAAACACCCUAUUCUGACGUUCAGGAUCAUAUCAAAAAGAUUUCUCUCAUUACAGAUGAAAAUUCUGAAAUUUCAUUUCCUGCUGUUGCAGAGGAAUAUCAACAAGCCAUUUCUCUUCUCAAAACCAUUCUAGUGAAAGAUCCCAACAAGAGGCCAUCGAUUGCAACCAUUCUACAACAUGCAUUCUUUGUUCCAAAAAAUUUAAGUGAACCACUUUUGAUUUCAUUUCGAGAUGUGCAUGAACAAACACAUUUUGUGGACAAUGUACGUCAAGUUUUCCAAUAUUUACUUUCCAAUCAUCAAUCCCUUUCUUCACAGCAAGCAUUGUAUGCUUCGUAUACAGCUCAUGAGCUUUUAAGGCUUUGUUUGGAGCGUUCGAAGCAACAACAACAACAACCACAUGGUGACAAAUUGUCAGAGGAUGAAAUUUUGAACUGUGUGAAAAAUAAGCCUUAA